GAUAAAGUGCAAGAAUAAGUCCGGAUGAGCCCCGGGCUACUCCAGAACACCCGCUUGACACAUUCUUGGCCCUUGCUCAUGAGAAUAAGGGCAAAAUAAAGGGUGGAAUAGCAGCAAAUGCAGGGAGGAUGAUCUCGCUAUCUGUCUGUCCCUCCAUCCCGAGUGUUCUGUCAUUGCUCUUCAGUGAUCCUAAGCAGGUGGACGCGCUAUUCCUGAUGCAACCCAACCCCGCAUACGCGCACGCUCACAAAGAGAAGAUGAUGUCACAACUUCUUGUCGUUGUGUGCCAUUGUUUUUUGUUUGUUUUGUGCCACAUGUGUCUUAAUGGCUUACGCUGGUGACAAAUGGCCUGUAGCGCCAUUAAAAAACACCAGAAUGUGUCAAAUGAAUGACUGAAUGAAUAAAUGCUGAUUAGUGUUUGGUUUUGAAAAAUUGAUUAAUCGACAAUUUUACAAAUAAGCAUAAUCGAUAAGAAUGAAACGCGGUUGUUAGGUGUCGUACCAAAACUGGCCAGACGAUGGCGGCAAAGCACGUUUUUAACGAUGCCACUGCCUCACUCAAUUAUCAAUGGCAAAAGUGGAAGUUAAACCGGAAAUUUCACAAUAAAACGUCUUUUGUGCCGUUGGGGGUCAUUUACUGUUUGUAUUGGUUUUUUUUUCCCCGCUCAACUUUCUCUGAUAUAGGUUCAUCCAACUUCUGACAAAACAGGUGAGAAGAUUUCCUCCCAGCGCAGGUAAACACCGGAAUGGGACUUGGACCACUUUAAACCUUUAUAAAGUAUUUUGUUGAACACAAGACGCCACUAAAUGUGUUAUAUAUCUUAUAUUUUAUUUUUAAGCUUUGUUCGUGUUAAAAUACAUUCUAUAAUAUUUGUCUAAAUAAGGCAAGCUAUGAAAAAUGUCUAAAAAAUGUGAACAGAACAUUUUAUGUUUGCAUUUUGGGGUAUAAUUUUCCUUCUAAUAAUACUAAUAAUACAACAAAUAGAUUUUUGAACACACACACACACAAAAUUGAGAUGACGCUAAUACCGGCGGGGCAGCUACAAUAUUAAUUUGAAAUUGCCUCGCGGGCCAAAUAUAAGAGUUUGACACCUAUGAAAUAGACGUUUUGACAUUUUUUUUAUUUUGAAGGUUACAUUUCCUUUUUCCCCCUCGCUGCUUCUGGUGAGUUUGACACUCAUCCAUUGGCGAGAGAACCGCGUUUGUUCCCGUGGAGGGGGGUGUAGACGGGUCGACAAAAAAAUAAAAUAAAAAAAAAGAGGGGGGGGGGUGAGCACUGGUCAGUCAGUCCAGUUCCCCCGCGGAGGGCCCAGGAUAGGCCGUGAGACGUGUGAGGGAGCCACGCGGAGAAGCAGCACCUCCAUUGCGGGCGGGGGAUGCUGGGGGACACCCGACGAGGGAGAGACGGCGGACGGGCUCGUCUGCUGCGACGAUGGUGACGAAACCCCCGCGUGCGCCUCGACAAUGACGCGGUUCACCACUUAAACUGAAGCGCCGCAAAUCAAAACCGGUCCGGUGAGGCGAGCGACAUACCCGACCGACGUGCCACCGACCCAGCCCGACCCGGCCGCCGCUUUCUGCUACACUGCGCCCUCCGCGUGUGCGGGAUGAGGCUGCGGCUCCGCUGCAGCGCUCCUCUCUUUUAAAAGCGGCGCUCGGCGAGGGAGGAUGUUGAAGCGGUUCUGCCGGGCCAAACUGUCGGCGUGGGCCGCCCUGUGCGUGCUGCUGCUGUGCUGGUUCUACGUCUUCCCCGUGUACCGGCUGCCCCGGGACAAGGACAUCGUGGAAGAGGUACUGAGGCAGCAGGGCCACGCGUGGAAGCGGAACCAGACCGGCGUCGACCUUUACAGGAAGCUCCUCAGCGACUGCUGCGACCCUCAGCGUCUCUUCGCGCUGACCAAGGAGAACGCGCCAGUGGGCCAGGUGCUGUGGUACGACGGCGAGUUCUACCACUCGCACACGGUCAACAAUGAGACCCACUCGCUGUUUGUCCAGGCCAGUCCUCUGCCGCACCCCCUGAAGAAGUGCGCCGUGGUGGGCAACGGCGGCAUCCUCCGGCACAGCCAGUGCGGCCGCGACAUCGACCGGGCCGACUUUGUCAUGAGGUGUAACCUCCCCCCACUGUUCGGUGAGUACGUGCAAGACGUCGGGUCCAAAACACACCUGGUGACGGCCAAUCCCAGCAUCAUGGAGAAGAGAUUCCAGAACCUGCUGUGGUCCCGAAAGCCCUUCGUGGACAGCAUGAAGAUGUACGGCUCCAGCUUCUUGUACAUGCCGGCUUUCUCCUUCCGUCCCGGCACCGACCCGUCGCUGCGCGCCGCCUACGCGCUGGCCGACUCCUCGUCCAACGUCACCAUGCUCUUCGCCAACCCCGUCUUCCUGCGCAGCGUGGGUCAGUUCUGGAGGGCGCGCAGGGUCCACGCCCGCCGCCUCUCCACUGGCCUCUUCAUAGUCAGCCUGGCGCUGAGCCUGUGCGACGAGGUGAGCGUCUUCGGCUUCUGGCCCUUCUCCUCGGACCUGGCCGAGCGGCACCUCAGCCACCACUACUACGACAACAUGCCGCCCUUCCGCUGGUUCCACACCAUGCCCGAGGAGUUCGUGCAGCUGUGGGAGUUGCACAAAAGCGGGAUCCUGCGCGUGAAUCUGGGACGCUGCAGUUAAGUGGCCGCGCUCCCCGCAUCAAAUAUUCACGCUUCCUGGGGACCGGCGAGGAGGCGGGGCGUCGGUCGUUACGGAAUGUUCCUGACAUACGGGUCACCGAACUCCUGAUUCUCUGGCGGAAGGCGAGGGGGAGCCACUUCUCCAAUAGCGACUCUCCCUGAUGACUGUGGUGGUGAAGAGUGUGGAGUUUGAACCGUGUGGAAGGAUUUUCCCCGCCUGGCAGCGAGCUGGCCUAUCGAAAGACCUUUUUUUUUUCAUAUAUGUAUGUACAGUAAUCCCUCCUUUUUCACGGUUAAUUGGUACCAGACCCACCUGCAAAAAGUGAAAAACCACGAAGUUGAAUUUUGUUUUUUUUUUUCUUGCUGGGGAUGUCGCAUUAUACACUAUCAAAGCAGCUUCCCGCUACAGUACUGUAAUAAUGUAUGCUGACGUUUUUUUUUUUGUUUUUUUUUUUGCUUCAUUGGUCCAUGUCGUUACCACUGGGGAUGGCGCAUUAGUACGUUGCAAAUUUUUUGAUUUUUUUUUUAUUUUCCUUGUGUGUGUGUGUGUGGGGGGGGGGCUCAGAAAUCCACGAUGCGCCGAAUCCGCAAUAGGUGAUCCGCAAAGUAGAGGGUUUGCUGUACUUCAUGUUUUUUCACACACUUAAAAUGUCGUAAACAGAUGUAGAUUAUCGACAUGUACCCUGUAUGACAAGUACAAGAGAAACCGCAUUUUUCCUGCAAUCAUCGUUUGCUUUAGCCGGGUGGCAUUUUAAUUGGCUUCGUGGGGAGGUGGGGGGGCGCAUGGGACAAUCAAAAGAAAAAGGGAAAAACACGCCGUCGCCCUCGCUCGGGAUCGGUCCCACGCACGACCCAAAGACAUUUAAGACAAAGAGCACAACCACAGCGUCGCUGACUGUUCCACUGGAGCCAUCGUGUAUAGAUUUCAGUCAUUUUAGUGCGAUUUUGUUUUUCACUCCUCCAUUUUUUUUAUUUUUGUUUCAAAAUACAAAUGUGAUUUUGUGCACAAGAGCCAAACACUGUAAAUGCGUCGGAGCAGCUUGCAGACAGAAGAGUGCACUUGAUAGAACUGCUGACUCGCCAUUUGUUUUGUACAAGAUUGUGCCAUAUUUUCAAAACACUACAUUUUCCUUUAUCAUUUCUCAAUCAAGAUGAAGGUUGAGUGCCUUUUUGUUUUUUUGGUUUUUUUUAUUCAAUGUGAAUGAAUACGAGCAUCCCGUGAAGGUUUCUGGGCGCUGUUUUAUCAGCCUGAUGACACAAUCUGUGUUAAUUUGUGAAAAUGUAAACGUGACUGACGUUUAGUGGCGUCAUGUGAAUUGCUGUGUUGGUUAAUGAAAGAGUAAUUUUGAAAAAAUAUGUUUUCAUUCCAUUUUUUUUUGUAACUGUGAAGACUGCUGAAAUUAGAAGGAAAAUAAGAGGUGACCUAACCGCUUUUGGACUUAGAAUAAAGUUUCAU